GAGCGCGGAGCCCAAGCGGGAGCGGGAGCCAGAGCCGAGAGUGCGGGCCGCCAGCUGCUGCGGAGGACAGCCAGCUCCAUGGACGAACCGAGCAUCCUGCGGCGCCGGGGGCUGCAGAAGGAACUCAGCUUGCCUCGACGGGGAAGGGCUUUGUCUCCAAGUAACCAGAGCGCGACCCUGCUGAGCCCAUGCAGUCCAGCUAGCCCCUGCAGCCCAUUACUGACCCUGCACCCCUGGAGCUGCCGCAGCGGCAACAGGAAGAGCCUGGUGGUGGGGACGCCCUCGCCCACCCUCUCUCGACCUCUGUCCCCACUCUCCGUGCCCACUGCUGGCAGUAGCCCCUUGGACAGUCCCCGGAACUUCUCGGCCAGCACAACUGCGAACUUCCCCUUCACACGAAGUCAUGGCCCCCGGACUGACAGGGCUGAUGGCCGGAGAUGGUCACUCGCAUCCCUCCCCUCCUCUGGCUAUGGGACCACUACGCCCAGCUCUACUGUUUCGUCCUCCUCGUCCUCCCGAGAACGGCUUCACCAGCUGCCAUACCAGCCAACACCAGAUGAGCUCCACUUUCUUUCCAAGCACUUCCGCAGCUCGGAGAGCAUCGUGGAUGAGGAUGGGGGCCGCCGCUCACCCUGCAUGCGGCCUCGCUCCCGCAGCCUCAGCCCUGGGCGAACCUCAGGAGCCUUUGACAGUGACAUUGUCAUGAUGAAUCAUGUCUACAAGGAACGAUUCCCCAAGGCCACUGCCCAGAUGGAGGAACGGCUGCAGGACAUCAUCACCACCUUCUCCCCCUCCAACACCCUGGCCCUGGCUGAUGGCGUCCUCAGCUUCAUUCACCAUCAGAUAGUGGAGCUGGCCCGGGACUGCCUGGCCAAGGCUCGGGAGGACCUGGUCACCUCCCGCUACUUCUUGGAGCUCCAGGAAAAGUUAGAGAAGAUGCUGCAGGAUGCCCAUGAACGCUCAGAGAGCCAGGAGGUCACCUUCAUUGGCCAGCUUGUUCGAAAGCUCUUAAUCGUCAUCUCCCGCCCAGCUCGUCUCUUGGAAUGCCUGGAGUUUGAUCCUGAAGAGUUCUACCACCUCCUGGAAGCAGCAGAAGGACAUGCCCGAGUGGGUCAGGGCAUCAAGACAGACAUUCCCCGAUACAUCAUUGGUCAGCUGGGCCUCACCAAGGACCCUCUAGAGGAAAUGGUGCAACUGGAUCCUCCGGAUGCCGGCUCUUCAACUGCCCCUGAAGCCGGAGACCCCCCAGAGAACCGAUCUCUCCCUGUCCCCUCCCGGAGGAAACCCUGUGAGAAUGACUUUGAGACCAUCAAGCUGAUCAGCAAUGGGGCAUAUGGGGCUGUGUAUCUGGUGAGGCACCGGGAGACCCGCCAGCGCUUCGCUAUCAAAAAGAUCAACAAACAGAACCUAGUGCUCCGGAACCAAAUCCAGCAAGUGUUUGUGGAGCGGGACAUCCUCACCUUUGCCGAGAACCCCUUCGUCGUCAGCAUGUUCUGCUCCUUCGAGACCCGCCGGCACCUCUGCAUGGUCAUGGAGUAUGUGGAAGGCGGGGACUGCGCCACACUGCUGAAGAAUAUGGGCCCCCUCCCCGUGGACAUGGCCCGGAUGUACUUCGCAGAGACUGUCCUGGCUCUGGAGUAUCUACACAACUAUGGCAUCGUGCACCGGGACCUCAAGCCAGACAACCUCUUAAUCACGUCCUUGGGCCACAUCAAGCUGACGGACUUCGGGCUGUCCAAGAUCGGGCUGAUGAGCAUGACCACAAAUCUGUAUGAGGGCCACAUCGAAAAGGAUGCCCGUGAGUUUGUGGACAAGCAAGUCUGCGGGACCCCUGAGUACAUCGCACCUGAAGUGAUUUUCCGACAAGGUUACGGGAAGCCGGUGGACUGGUGGGCCAUGGGCGUCAUCCUCUACGAAUUUCUUGUGGGCUGUGUUCCGUUCUUCGGCGACACCCCCGAGGAGCUCUUUGGCCAGGUCAUCAGCGAUGACAUCAUCUGGCCCGAUGGAGAUGAGGCGCUGCCUAUGGAUGCUCAGGACCUGAUCACGAAGCUGCUGAGGCAGAGUCCCCUGGACCGAUUAGGCACUGGUGGUGCCUACGAGGUAAAGCAGCACCCCUUCUUCCACAACCUCGACUGGACGGGUCUCCUACGGCAAAAGGCAGAAUUCAUCCCACAGCUGGAGGCGGAAGAUGACACCAGCUACUUUGACACUCGUUCGGAACGGUACCGCCACCUGGGCUCAGAGGAUGACGAGACGAAUGAUGAAGAAUCCUCUACAGAAAUCCCCCAAUUUUCUUCCUGCUCUCACCGGUUCAGUAAGGUUUAUAGCAGUUCCGAAUUCCUGGCUGUUCAGUCAAACCUGAGCUUUUCCGAGAGAAGCUACAGUGAAGACAAGGAAGAAAGAUCGGAGAGGUGGGAUCGGGGCUCAGCAGAGGAAGAGAAGACCCGCCCUUUGAGCACAGAAGUCAGGGUGAGGUCCUGGACAUCCUCGGGCUCGCUGCGGCACUCCUCCUCCUCCUCUUCCCAGCCUGAGCGCAGCCAGAGCCCCUCAUCCCUGAGCACCACCUACAGCCUGGACCCCAUGCCCAAGUUUGCCUUCUCCUCCGAGGAUGAAGGCUGUAGCCAGGGCCCUCCGAAGCCGGAGAGGCCAAUUUUCGUGUUAGGGGAACCCGAGGAGCCAGUGAAAGAGACGGCCAAAGCAUCUGCCCUCACAGCCGACGGUUCAAGCCUCAGCCACGUCCGAUUACGGAGCAAUAGCACCGGAGCAAAGAACUCCACACCUCGGGGCCUGGAAGGCGGGGGGAGCCGGCGCCUCGGCGGCCAGAAGGAAACACCUGAGAAGCAGAAGACAUCCGGGGGCCGGGUGCCCAAGUCGGCCUCGGUCUCGGCCCUCUCCCUUGUCAUCACUUCAGACGACUGCAGUAGUGGGGCCCUCAUGAGUCCCAUCUCCCCCCAUUCCCUCUCGUCCAACCCCUCCUCCCGGGACUCCUCCCCGAGCCGAGACUCCUCCAUUGGCAUCGCCAACCUGCGGCCACCCAUCAUCAUCCACAGCUCUGGCAAGAAGUUUGGCUUCAGCCUGAGGGCCAUCCGUGUCUACAUGGGCGACAGCGAUGUCUACACAGUGCACCACGUGGUCUGGAGUGUGGAGGAGGGCAGCCCUGCUCACGAAGCUGGACUGCGGGCUGGAGACCUCAUCACCCACAUCAACGGAGAGUCGGUGCUUGGACUGGUUCACAUGGACGUCGUGGAGCUGCUGCUGAAGAGCAACAGUAAGAUCUCCCUGAGAACCACAGCCCUGGAGAACACCUCCAUCAAGGUUGGCCCGGCCCGGAAACACAGCAACAAAGGCCGGCUGGCCCGCCGGAGCAAGAAGAGCAGGAAGCGGGAGAGUCAGGACAGGAGGAAGUCUCUCUUUAAAAAGAUCUCCAAGCAGUCAACGAUGCUGCACACGAGUCGAAGUUUCUCUUCUGGGCUCCACCACUCCCUGUCUUCCAGUGAGAGCCUUCCUGGCUCUCCAACCCACAGCCUGUCCCCCGGACCAGCCACCCCCUGCCGCAGCCCUGCUCCUGAUGCCCCUCCAGAUACUGCAUCUCCACAGAGCACUUCACCGUCCUCCAGCACUCCCACCUCCCCAGCGGGCCACAUCCGGCCUAGCUCCCUGCACGGGCUGGCCUCCAAGCUAGGGGCCCCACGAUAUAAAGUCGGUCGCCGGAAGUCAACGAGCAGCAUCCCCCCAUCGCCGCUGGCCUGUACUCCAUCCCCAGGACCCCAGCCCCCGUCGCCACAGAGGUCUCCAUCUCCUUUACCAGGUUACCCCAAAAAUCUCUAUGCCUUCCAGGGUAAGACCUUGUCCCCCCCGAUGAUCACCAGGCAGACUUCUCGGCCGCGAAGUGCCGAGACCCCCCGAUCUCCUCUCCUGAAGCGAGGGCAGUCUGCUGACAAAAUCGCCCCCUCCUUGGUGGAAAAGAAGCCAUUGGGGGGCCGUAAGCUCACCCUUGAAAUGCCAGCAGGAGAUGGGGAUGGCAUCGAGGAGACAUCCUUGCAGGCCACCACAGGGGCUGGCAGUGGUGGUCCCGGAGACCACGGCCGGGUGAGCUGGGGGAGAGACUGGGCCGCAGACCGCCACGAGCGGGAUCAGGAGGUGGUGGUCAUGCGGCGCCUGAACCUCUCAGAGCGCCGAGACUCGUUCAAAAAACAAGAGGCCGUCCAGGAGGUGAGCUUCGAUGAACCCGAGCCCGCGGGCUCAGGGGACGAGGACUCCUGCGGGCAGGAGGGCCAGGCGGAGCCGAGGGGGCCACGGCCAGGGGCGCGUGAGCAGAAGCCCCCGCCUGUCCCCCAGAUCGCCGUGCAGGGCUUGGAGGGCGAGGUGCACGAUCCAGGCGCGGCGGAGUGGGAAUGUCAGGGCUCUUAUCCUCCUCUCCAGCUGCUGGCCAAGGUCUACACUGAGCAGACGGACGGGACCAAGGCAGUCGAGUACAAGAGUCUGUCAUCCCAGCGGCGGAACAGCAGGGACCUCCGGGACUUGAGCUCAGGGCAGCAGCCCCCCAGGGUGGGCCGAGCCCUUCGGGGCCCCCUGCAGGCCACCAAGUCCCUGCCCAUCCUUCAGCUCUCGGGAGGCCAGGAGCGGGCAGGACCUGACCCUCGAGCUCCCCGAACGAGUCCUCGAGAUGCCAAGAAGAAGGAUGGGGACCGGCGCUAAAAGCCACACCCGAGAUGGGAAGUCACAGGAAGAGGUGCCUGCCAGCCUGUCCCAUGGGGGCUCCCAGGCCUCUGCGCCCCGGCGAGGACCCCCAACCCCUGCCCAUCCCACCCACUCUGCAUCUGCCUCUCAGAUUGAGUCAAGUCGAUGCAUGCGUCCUUGUGACAGGGUACGGGAGAAAGGAAACUCGCCAUCUUCCAAAAGCCACGAACCUCAGGAAGAGCUAGCCUUUGGGAUGUGCCCAUUUGGGGUGGGAGGAGGGAAUAAAGCAAAGAACACCAGACCCAGCUCAAGGAAACCACGGACCUGAACAAAAACCACCACCAGAAGUUUUUUUUCUACGAACUGGAAAGAAGUCUCCUUAUUUUUGUAGCGUGCAGGCGCUGUGGGUGAGAGAAGGCCUUUCCUCAGCCGGUCGGGCACUUUUGUAAAUAGCUGUGAAGGCAGAUCCCUACAAUUAAUUUAUUACUUUUAUAAGCUAAGAUGAGACUUGAGCACAGAGCUUCCGUGAAGGCACCGUGACCCAGGGGUGCUGUUUCCUCACCCACGAGCAAGGAACAAACCCUCUGGGUCACUCCUGUCUGGGGUUUUUCUAUUUUUUUGGGUGGUGGGGGGAGGGUUUGGUUUUUAACUCUUGCCUCAAACAGUAGCGUUGUCCCAGUGCCCAGGGGUCCAGCGAGGGCUCGUGGGUGCUCCAGAUCUGGCUGUGAUGGAGUCAGGGAAGGGCUGGAUGCUGCACAGCUGUCUCCCUCCCACUGUCACCCACCUGCUGUGGGUGGGAGGGGAAGGGGGUUCUUUCUGCUGAAGUCAGAAAUCUGUUCCCUGGCCCUGCUCAAGGGUGGGCGGAAGGUCUGCCUGGCCAAAGGUGUUUGGAUCAGGCUGUAUGAUUCAGACGCAAUAGAACAACCUUCCCCUCCCCCAAAAAAGCACCCGGUUUUCUCUUUUGAUGAGAUGCCUACCCACCCCACCCCCAGCCCCAUCCACAUGCACACUCGCAGCAGAAAUGUCAGAACUGCAAACUUGCCCUAAACUGUUUGUCAUGGACUGUAGCUGCUAAUUGUAGGCCCCUUCUCUAUGUUCAGUGACCUUAAAGAAGGAAAGAUUAGGGCUGGAAGGAUUCUCUUCUCUCCUUCCUCUCUACCCCGCCACCCAAACUGACCCUGCAUGUUUACUGUAAACCAGCACUUUGGGAGAGCCCUGGGUUUAAGCCUCUGGGGAUACCUUCUGCCAAAACACAAGUUCUCAUGGGAUGUCAGAACUGGGGUGUGAUUUCCCUGGACGGUUUUGGAGUCACUGAAUAAUGUCAGAACUGGGAGGGCCCUUAGAACACAGGAUGUCAGAGCUGGAAGGGCCUUAGAAUACAGGGUGAGAGAACUGGGAGGGCCAUUAGAACACAGGAUGACAGAACUGAGAGGACUUUUAGAACGUGGGAUGUCAGACCUGAGAGAACCCUUAGGACACAGAAUGUCAGAGCUGAGAGGAACCUUAGAAUCCAGAAUGUUAGAGCAGGGUGGGAGGGCCCUUAGAACACAGGAUGGCAGAACUGAGAACUGAGAAUGUUAGAGGUGAUAUAACUUGCCCGAGGCCACCUAGUGGUAGAGCUGGGCCUAGAACCUGACUAGAACCCUGCCUCCCAGCCCUGGGAUCUGUUCCCUCCUCCAGCAGUGCCCCAUUACUACCAGAAGCCAGCUGGAAGUUCCCCUGUGCUUUGUUUUUCUCUAGGUCACCCCUGCAAACCCUGCAUCAGUAUUCCCCUUCUCUGGAUCCUUUGGGGCGUGGGGCUUCUGCUCUCACUCACUGGUUUCAGCCUGUGUUUCAAGUGUCUAAACUUCCAAACAUCUCCUUGUGGAGAAAAAAAAGGCAUGGGGACGUCUGGGAAUAAGACCGCAGUCCUAUAACUUAAGACAUUCUUAUUCCAAGAUCCAAGUCACUGUCCUCUUUAAUUCACCUACCUUACCUUUGUUGACAUCUUUCCUAGCCCAUCUUGUCAGGACCAGAGGGGUAUUUUAAGCAGCGAUGCCUGUGGGACCAGAAGGGAAAAGCCAGACUCCCUGUGGAAUGCAGUCCAGCCUCCUCUGAAGGGUGAGAGCAGAGAUUCCCAUCCCCAGAGAAGGCUUCUCUUCCUGUAGGUUGGCUUGUAGGAGGCCACAGUCCUGAGCUGGGCUUUUCCCCGUCAUCCCAGCUUGGCCAGAGGGAGAAGGCCGGUUUUGUUCUCUCCUCUCGCUUCUAGGGAGUCAAGCCUGCCUCAUGAUAGCAUUAAUUACACUCCAGCAGGGAGUGGGCCCUCAAAACCUCAGCUGAAAACGUGGAAUUUCCACCAUCCAGGAUGUUAAGAUUGUGGAUUAGCUCUUCGGGUGGUUGUUUUUAAACUGUUUGAGAUUUAUUUGCGGGGUCUAAAGGGCCUGAAAUUCCUUGACAGAUCUCGUAUACUUGGGAGUGCAGGUAGUAAACAGAAAGUCAAGAAGACCCAGGCCUUUUCUGGCUUUGUGACCUCAGUUUCCUCAUCUGGGGAAUGAGAGGAGUGGGCUUGAUGAACUUGAAGACCCUUCAAUCUCCAAAUCUAGUCCUGCGAUCCUCCAUGCAGGUAGCCCCUCCAUCAACAUUGGUAACCACCCCUCUUAGUAGAUGAUGUUGUAGCUAAAAAAUGGGUCAUCUUGGGGCAGCUGGGUGGCGCAGUGGAUAGCGCACUGGCCCUGGAGAACCUGAGUUCAAAUGUGGCCUCAGACA